UAUAUUUUUUGGUGGUGUAGAAGAAGCUGAUUAUGCAAAACGUGCUAUUUUAACACCAACAAAUGUUGAUUCAUUGGCAAUAAAUGAAGAAGUCCUUCAUCGAUUACCGGGUGAUGUUAAAACUUAUUUAAGUUCAGAUAGCAUUGAAACUGAUGAUCAUAAUGAAAUUUAUAAUUUUCCAGUUGAGUUUUUAAAUACUUUGACUCCAUCAGGUAUGCCUGUUCAUUGCCUAAAGUUGAAAAUUGGUGCUGUUAUAAUGCUACUUAGAAAUUUAGAUCUCAAAGGUGGACUUUGUAAUGGAACACGUUUGAUGGUGCGUGCACUACACAACAAUUACAUUGAUGGUGAGGUUCUAACAGGUGUAUCAGCUGCUAACAGGGUAUUUGUUCCUCGAGUUCAAUUAGCUCCAUCAGAUUCAAAUUUACCUUUUACACUUAAACGUCGUCAAUUUCCAGUUAGGUUAGCAUACUCAAUGACCAUAAAUAAAAGUCAAGGUCAAACAUUUGAUAAAGUUGGUGUUUAUCUCAAAAAGCCUUGCUUUUCACACGGCCAAUUAUAUGUUGCAUGUUCAAGAACAAAAUCUUUUAAUAGUUUGUUUUUUAAAGUUGAUAAACAUGCAUUACAAGGUAUGGUGUUACUUGGCAACGUGUAG